CUCAUUCUCCCGGAUCCCAAUCCUCCAUUUAAAUCCACCUCUUAAUUUUUUUGCUUUUUUUUUUUGUUUAAUUUUUAUACCUUUUCUUCUCUCUCAAAGCUCGCAGCAAAUCUAGAGAGAGAGAGAGAAGAGAGAGAGUCCGGUGGCCAUUGCAAUUCCCCUCCACCGUCAAACAUUUACACACACACAUAAAACACACACUGUACCAUCAUCAGGUCUGUAAAGCUCGGCUCAUUUUCUUAUCAAUUGUUUCUCUGGGAGCCAAUAUCUCAAGGUCUUGUUUCUUCUGGAAGAAACAUUCAUAUUUUCCAUUACCAGUUCCAGAUCUAAGUGUUUUAUUAUUUCCAAGUGUAGGAUAUAAAAGUAGAGCGAGUUCAAGCCAUGGCCCCGAGCACAAUACGCAAGGCGAUUGGGGCGGUGAAGGAUCAGACCAGCAUCGGGAUCGCGAAAGUUGCGAGCAAUAUGGCGCCCGAGCUGGAAGUUGCAAUAGUCAAAGCUACCAGCCACGACGACGACCCCGCCUCUGAGAAGUAUAUUAGGGAGAUUCUUCAUUUGACCUCUUAUUCUCGUGGAUAUGUUAGCGCGUGUGUUGUUGCGGUGUCCAAACGAUUGGGAAAAACCCGUGAUUGGAUAGUCGCCCUCAAGUGUUUGAUGCUCAUUCACCGCUUGCUCAACGAUGGCGAUCCUGUUUUCCAGCAGGAGAUUAUGCGUGCUACUAGGAGGGGGACCAGGCUGUUGAAUUUAUCUGAUUUUCGUGAUGAAGCACAUUCAAAUUCAUGGGAUCACUCGGCUUUUGUGAGGACUUAUGCCUUGUACUUGGAUCAGAGGCUUGAGUUGAUGGUUUAUGAGCGGAAGCAGAGCGGAAAUGGAGGUGAAAUUGAGAGGUUUGGGGGUAGUAGAGAUGAUAGAUAUAAUUAUCGAUCACCUCCAGGAUCAAACCGGGGCUAUGAUUAUGAUUACAAUGAGCAUCGUGGUGAGCCUGGUUAUGGAAUGCGGAGAUCAAGGUCAUCCGGUGAUGUGACAGACUCGACAAUGGAGAGGAAAGAUGUUACACCGCUCAGGGAAAUGAAUCCCGAGAGGAUUUUUGGGAAGAUGGGUCAUCUGCAGAGGCUGUUGGAUCGGUUUUUGUCUUGUCGGCCAACGGGCUUGGCAAAGAAUGAGAGGAUGAUUCUAGUUGCGCUGUAUGCAAUCAUUAAGGAGAGUUUCAAGUUGUAUGCUGAUGUUUGUGAGGUCUUGGCCGUGCUUCUGGAUAAGUUCUUCGAUAUGGAGUAUCAAGAUUGUGUGAAGGCUUUUGAUGCAUAUGCUAGCGCAGCGAAGCAAAUCGAUGAGCUGGUAAGCUUCUAUAAUUGGUGCAAGGAUAUUGGUGUGGCUAGGUCUUCGGAGUAUCCAGAAGUGCAGAGGAUCACCAGCAAAUUACUGGAGACUUUGGAGGAGUUUGUGAGGGAUAGGGCAAAGGCAAUGAAGAGUCCUGAAAGGAAGGAAGAGACCAAGCCAGCCCCCCAGGAGGAGGAGCCAGUGCCAGAUAUGAAUGAAAUUAAGGCAUUGCCACCUCCUGAGGACUAUAAUCCCCCCCCACCACCUGAGCCUGAACCUCCGAAGCUUGCCAUUCAGGAGACUGGGGAUUUGUUGGAUUUGAGAGAUGAAGGAGUGACUGCUGAUGACCAAGGUAAUAAGUUGGCUCUGGCGUUGUUUGCUGGAACGGUCGCAAACAACGGGAAUGGCUUGUGGGAAGCUUUCCCUUCGAAUGGAGAACCAGAGGUGACUUCUGCUUGGCAGAAUCCGGCUGCAGAGAUGGGCAAGGCUGAUUGGGAAUUGGCUCUGGUUGAGUCUGCCAGUCAUUUGUCCAAGCAAAAAGCUACUAUGGGUGGUGGACUUGAUCCUUUAUUGUUGAAUGGCAUGUAUGAUCAGGGGAUGGUUAGGCAGCAUGUCAGCACUGCCCAGUUAAGUGGUGGUAGUGCCAGCAGUGUGGCAUUGCCGGGUCCUGGAGCCAGUAAAACUCCUGUGUUGGCACUACCUGCACCCGAUGGAACAGUCCAGACAGUUGGGCAAGAUCCAUUUGCCGCGUCUUUAAGCAUUCCCCCUCCUCCAUACGUGCAGAUGGCUGAUAUGGAGAAGAAGCAGCAAUUGCUGGUGCAGGAGCAGAUUGUAUGGCAACAGUAUGCGAGAGACGGCAUGCAAGGCCAAGCUAGUUUGGCCAAGAUUAGCACAGGUGGAUACUAUGCUCCAGGUGUACAGCCUGUGAUGCCUUAUGGAAUGCCACCAGUUAAUGGAGUUGGAAUACCGCCCGCUGGGUAUUACCAUGCUCCUUACUGAUUCUUUGGUAAAUUUCUCUAAUACAUUAGAUUAUUUUUUGUUUUGAUUUUGUAUUCCACUGUACUUGUAUGUGAUUUUAGCUUGCAAUUUAUCAUGAAUAUGGGGAAGAGGGAAUGAGGAAGAGAGAAAAUGAGCUGAAGAGGCUAGGGAUUGUGGAGGAUUUUGAUGUUUGGGGGGGACUCUGUAAUCCACUUUAUUGUGUCUCUUUCACUUUUGUAAUAUUAUUUGGGAUUUUCAUGAUUUGUGCUGAUAUGGUGCUUGUUUUAGAACAUUAAA